UGGAAAUGGUGGCUCAUCUACAUCAGUGAAAGAUCCACUUGGAAUUCUAGAAGGCAUCGUUUCUGCAGUGCAUGCAAGUGUUGAGAAAGGGGACAAAGUAGUUUCUUCAGAUGACCUUCUGGAGUGGUUGAGACCUUUCUGUGGUGAUGACUCUUUAGCAGUGAAGCCUCGCAUCAGAGUAUUGCAAAUUCUGGAGCAAGCCUUCCGUCUCAGUGAUGACGAUAGCAAGCUACUUGUGUACUUCAGAACACAAGCUGUUCUCAGAGCUUGCUGGCCUGAAACAAAGUGUACAAAAGAACUAUGUUUGCUGCUGCUUAACCAGUCCCUCCUGCUGCCAUCCCUGAAACUGCUGGUGGAAAGCAAAGAUCAAGAUCUUCAUGCUGUGGCACUGGAGCAGAUAACAGCUGUUGCUAAGGUUGAUGAUUGCAGUUGUGAUGCUGAAAUACUUUCCCUGCUCCUCAAUGCCAAGCUAGCGGUGAAGUGCGUAUCUACUGCCUUCUAUCCUCGCCUUGUUGACCACUUACUGGCUAACCAGGGAGAAGGAGGCUGGGAUGUAGAGGAAAUAGCAACACAACUUAAAGAGGCAGGGUUCAACGCAGAGGCCGGGUCCCUCAUGAUGUCUUAUCGAGGGACUCAUCCUGCACUCAGGACUUUUACUACUGCCCUCCAGGCUAUUCAGCAUUGGAUCUAAAAAUGUUGGAUUUGUGUAUUUGUCUACCUUUUUGCUGAAGAUCUUACAUAAAAGGGAGAAACCAUCGUUCUAGUGAAGUAACAAAGUUAGUUAUUA